AUGCCCAGUGCUGCAGAGAUGCGUGAAUUUCACAAGCGAUGGUUGCUGCUGACGGACCAGGAGCGCAUUGAGGCCCUCAAAGGAAAUGCGAACCAGCUGUUGCAAACGGCCCGCGAUCUGCUGUCGUGUCCAGGUUGCCGGAAUGGGACUGAAGCGCUAUUUUACAAGAUGGUAGACGGCAAUGUUCGAAUUCCGCCACUAAUUAGUCAAUCUGGCCUGUGUUUUAGCAAGGACCAAUGCUUUCAAUUGAACGACUCGUAUAUGAACAGCCCUGAUACCUCGUUCUCUCUAUUCCACCAUCAGAAGCAAUGGGUGAACUCGGCGCUGGUUAAACCAAACAGAACUCAAAGCAAAUCAGGCACGUCACGCGCCAGGUGCCAGCUGCACUCACAACGAGAGCGUGGUCACCCCCGUCCUGCUGCAUUUGUUGCGCUUUGGCACAAACUUUCAGAGGACCACCAGCGGCACCUCUCUCAUAUCGACUCGGACCAAUUUUUGACUGAUUUGGAGAGUUAUUUGCGUCGCCAUCGAUUUUGUUGCCGCUGCAAAGAGAAGGUCUUAGAGGCCUAUGAUUUGCUGAUCGGUACGAGCUGUAGUGAAGAUGACUGCGAGGAUUGCGGAGUAUUUGAGUGCUCGGAGAGGCAUCACGAACAUUGUGAUUAUACUGAUGAGUUGAACUACACAUCGUAUUUGUUUGAUGAGCUUGCAUUUUCGAGUGCUACAAAUCAAAUUAUUGUGCCUUGUAGUAUAAAGUUUAUGUCACAGCUGAUGUCACGGGCAGAUCAGGAACUUGUCGGUGACUGGGGUGAUCGCCAUGCACGAACAAUAACCGAGGCACAAGAUGAAGUUCUCGUAUGCUUAGGCAUGGUCAUUUGGGACAAGAUACAAAGCCUGUGGACCAAGCUACAGUCAGAUAAACUUUCCGAGGAAUUACUGGCUCAUUGUGCAGUCUUAACGCUGCGUCGCAACUUUGAUGUGGCUGUUGAGGCGCUGCAUGCUUCACUUCAAUCUUUGAUGAAAAACCGCAAACAGUCAAGUAGCGGCACGACUAUGACGUCUCAAUCUUCUACCAAUUCUUUAAGUAGCCAGGGGGAGGAAGACGAGCGGAGCAUUUCCAGAAAAUCCAUUGAUCUUACUAGGCUGCAUCAGUUUGACCAGACAUGUGAUAAACGAUUUGUGCAAGGUAAUCUCAUGCACGAUGAGCGUUUGGAAUGGCAACUGUUAUCGUCGAUGGGGUGGAAUGCAUCUGAUCCAUCAUCUUCUUUCUCGCCGGAGCAUGGUGUGGACACAGACGACGAAAAUUACGGCAUUUCCGAAGAUGAUAUUCGCUUUUGGAAGCAGAAUCAAUCGAGUCUUGUUCGGCGACGCAUGGCCCAGCGGCAAAAGGUGCAGGAGCGUUUUAAUCAAUUUGUAUUGCGCACAACAUCAUUAAAUGCGUAA